ACGGAGCAAGUGGGGCAAUUAGGGACAGAGGUGCCGGAGUGAGGAGCCAUUACUCGGCGAGGGAACCCACUGGCCCGCCUGUGGUCGGCAGGGCGCCGGAGAAAGCCCUCGGUAAGAGAAGAGGAUCGCACCGCAUCACCAUGGCUGACUGUCACGUCCCAUCGCCUGCUCGAAGGGUCCAGUUCAAAGAACCAGAAUGUGACGACUUCACCUUCAAGCAGCCCUUUGUUCCACAGCCGGAAUCUAAUGAGCCGCCGAAGGAUCUCAAUUCAUCUCCGACUCGUACGGCCCUGCUUAAGGACAGCGAGUUCGACUGUCUCAACCAGUUCGUCGCUUCAAAGCCCGAUUCUGAUGCUGUGACUUGUGAUGGUCAAAACCCGCUACCCAUCCCAAAUAAUGAAUCUGAAGAGUGCGAAGCGAACAAUCGACCCGUUGCUCCAAAGGCGGACUUCGAUUACUCCGCGUAUGAUGAUCCCUGUGCGCCAAACACUGGAAUGGAUGGAUUUAGAACCUCAGUCUGCGACGACUUCAGCACACCUAUCGCUCCAGCUGUUGGUGGCAUUAAGGACUCCAUCUGUGACAACUACUGUUUCACUCCAGGGGAGCCUUUGGGAGAUACGUUGCGUGAUGAUUUCAACCCUUCCACUUCUUUAAUAGUUCCAUUGGAUUCCAUAUGUCACGACGUAAAACCAGGCCUUGAUUGCAAAGACGCAAGUGCUGAUCUCACGCAAUCCUAUGCUCCACAUGUUGAGGAUACAAAGGAAACGAGAUGCGACGAUCCUAUUCCCGUCCGCCCUCCAACGACAAAGGAUAAAAAUAAGCUGUGGAUUCCCUGUGCGAACCCUGGAAACCCUGUCUUUUCCUGCAUGGAAAAGAUCCCAACGUCGCCACAAUCCCCGGCUCCAUUCGUGAAACCCCAGAAUCCGCUGUUCAGAACAACCUCUGCCGAUUAUGGAUCCAAUGAACCGACUUGUGACAUUGCACCCUCUGUCUACAAACCGCUGUCGCAGUCGUUCUCGCAGGCGCUCCAAGCCGGUGGGAUGUAUCGUAACGGCUCCCUGAACACUACGUCGGAUAAGAAGAGAAUUCACGAUUUACUCGCGCUUUGACUUUCUGCCCCCGUACAUUUCUGUAUUAGUUACUAUAGUAAGACAGUGAAGACAAAUGUUCCCUUUUUCUUUCAGUGGCAGAUUUUGGAAGAGAAUGGUAUAUAACCAGAUGGAAUUUGAGACUUUUGGUGUGCGCGUGUGUGUGUGUGUGUAAAACAAAAACAAUUUGAUCGUUUGUAUAUUUAAAAAUAAUUUUCUGUGGUAAUAUGCCCGUCUAUAAUAGUUUUUAUUUCAGACCUUUACUGUGACUUUUUUUCCAUUUGCAUUCAUUUAGCAUUUUACAUUUGCAGAUAAACGAAUCGAAUCAUGGAAAAUUAAAAACCCGAGGCUAUUCAGCGCGUCUUUUUCAUCAGUACAUCCUUUAGUCUCUUGCCUUGAGAUCAGGUUCUCCUGGCACAUGUCCAAGGACAUUUAAAUACGAUAAAAGUUGCUAUCGUUUCCGGUAGUGAGUUCCAGAUCAUGGUCAAACUUUAAUGGUAAAGUAUUUAUCACUACCCUCUUGUCCUAGUACCAAUGAAUACUUCCUGGUCGUUUUUUUUUUUUUGCCCUUCCACGUGUUCUCAGAGGGGCUACAGUUGGACAUCUUUCUUGCAAACAGUCGUCAGGGGGACAUGGCUACAAAUCUGGUCUCUUACAUCUGACAGGAGAAGCAGAGCCAACUGUGCUGACUGUCAUUUAUUGCUCUUCUGCCUUUUCCAGCCAUUUGUUUAGUGUUUGAUUUCUAAUUCCAUCUAUCAUUCACACUGCAAAAUUGCAACAAAACAAACGGGAAAGCUUUAUAGCAGUUCCCAAUUCUCUUGGCGUGGAUUCCAGUGAUUUCAAAGUUAGACAUAAAUUGCCAUAGUGAUUUUGAGUGAAUCACUAUGUCAAUUUGAUUUAGACAGCUGCACAUUUUGGCCAGGCAUUCUCCAAAGAUUUGAAACUUUUAAUCCUGAAGAAGGGCCUCUGCAGUUACAUGCUGAACCUUUUCUGAGGUAAAAACAAGUGAAAAUGUCCAGUUUGGAUUAAGGAACAUGGCAGCCUCUGGCUUCAGAUUAGUGCCAAUCGCAUGAGUGCAAUGCACCUCAACCUACCGAGAAAUAAAGAACUUUGCCUUCCCAACAAAAGGAGCUUCAUCACCGAGUCCAAGCACUAACUCUUUAUAACUCUUGUAUUCUUUUGUCUAUGAGGUCAUUCUCUAAUUCCAGAUAAUCGUGUUUACAGUUUAUCCCCAUGGUCACUCCAGUUUUAUGCUAUCAGAUAUGUCUCCCUGCCCCCCCCCCCCCCCC